AUGAAAAACUUCAUUGUUUUUGAGAAGUUGGGGGAAGGUAAUAUUAUAUUCAAUUAUAUUAUCUAGGAUCUUUUUCUACAGUAUUAAAGGUUAAAAGAUAAUCGGAUCAAUAAGAAUAUGCCAUGAAAAAAGUAAGGAUGGGACAAUUAAAAGAGAAAGAGAAAGAGAAUUCAUUAAAUGAAAUUCGGAUAUUGGCUAGCAUAUAACAUCCUAAUAUAAUAGCUUAUAAAGAAGCAUUCUAUGAUGAAUAAUCUUAAUAUUUAUGCAUUGUAAUGGAAUAUGCAGAUUAAGGGGAUUUAUAAUAACAUAUCUAAUAACAUAUUAAACAUAAACAAUACUUUUAGGAAAUAGAAAUUUGGAAAAUGAUUUAUUAAGUCUUACUAGGUAUUUAUAAUACCUAAUUUAUAGCUUUACGAACGUUACAUCAGAUGAAGAUUUUACAUCGUGAUUUAAAGUCAGCCAAUGUAUUUCUUCAUUAAAGUAACUAUAAACUUGGAGACAUGAAUGUAUCUAAAGUAGCCAAAAAAGACUUAGUAUAUACUUAAACAGGAACACCAUAUUAUGCAAGUCCUGAAGUAUGGAGAGAUUAACCUUAUGAUACUAAAAGUGAUAUUUGGAGUUUGGGUUGUGUAGCAUAUGAGAUGGCUACACUUAAACCUCCAUUUAGAGCCUAAAAUAUGGAAGGAUUGUAUAAAAAAGUAUAGAAAGGAUUAUUUGAACGAAUUCCAUCAAAAUUUAGUGGAGAAUUGAUGACUAUUAUUGGAUUAUGUUUACAAGUUCAUAGCAAAUCUAGACCUUCUUGUAUUCAGUUAUUAAGCAAUCCUAUUCUAUUGAGGAAUGCUAGACAAUUUAUUAUUGAAAGUAGAAUUUCUUAAUAAACUUAAUCAUCUUAGAAUGUUUCAAAUAUACUUUUGUAGACUAUUAAAUUACCUAAAAAUUUGAAAUAUCUUAAAGAGAAACUUCCUAAAUCAAAAUACCUUAUUGAAAAUGCAAAUAAAUCUUAUGAUGAAUCUUUAGUAAAUAGUUCUUUUCUACCUAAAAUUAAUAAUUAAAAAGAAAUAAGACUUAAUGGCUCUGUUCCACCAUUAAAAAGUGAUAGAUAUCAAUUGUAACAAUAAAUUUCAUAAAUCAAUUCUUAACAUGAGGAUAGAUCUAAAUAUACUGCUAAUUCAGUCUAAAUGCUUGAGAUGGAAAGAAUCAGACAAAAGAAAUUACUAAAAAAAUAAUAAAAUUAAAAAAUAAGUAUAAUUCAUUAGAAUGCUAUACCUUACAUCAAUAGUUCUUCUUCUUAAAUUCAAAAUCUAUAUUAAAACAAACUAUCAAAUAAUGAAUAAAAUCAAUAGAAGUACAAUUCAGAAGCUCCUAAACCAAUUAGGUGGGGAUGA